ACUUUUAAGUCUACCCUUCCCAUGAAACUAGUCAAAACGAUCCGAUGAACAAGCAAUCAAAGUUCAAGUUGAAAUAAACUUCAAUCACCAUGGCUAUGAAGCCGGGAGAGUCAAGGGAGGAGUUGAUAGGAAGCAGAGACUCGGUCAACCAGAGUCAAACAUCAUUACACAUGGAGGCGGACUACAACUUGAACGCGAUGGAGAAGAGGUUCCUCCUACUGGUGGAGCGGGGAGAUGUCGCUUCGGUCAAAAGACUUCUGGACGAGAACAAAGACCAUCCUGAAUUGCUAAACAUCAACUGUGUGGAUCCCCUGAACAGAUCAGCACUGAUCGCCGCCAUUGAGAAUGAAAACAUCGACCUGAUUAGGCUUCUGCUAGACUACAACAUCAAAGUCAAGGACUCUUUACUUCACGCCAUCAAGGAGGAGUAUGUUGAAGCUGUGGAGAUCCUGUUGGAAUGGGAGGAACGGAUCCACGUCUCUGGACAGCCUUACAGCUGGGAAGCCGUGGACCGAUCAACUUCAAACUUCACUCCAGACAUAACACCUUUGGUUCUCGCCGCUCACAUGAAUAACUACGAGAUCCUAAAGAUCCUUCUGGACAGAGGCGCCUCCCUGCCCAUGCCGCACGAUGUCAGGUGCGGUUGUGACGAGUGCGUCGUCUCCAGCGAGCAGGACUCCCUACGUCACUCGCAGUCCAGGAUCAACGCUUACAGAGCAUUAACCUCCCCUUCCCUCAUCGCUCUCUCCUCCCGUGAUCCUCUCCUCACCGCCUUCGAGCUCUCUUGGGAACUGAGAAGACUCUCCAAGAUGGAGACGGAGUUCCGGGCGGAGUACAAUGAAAUGCGCGCGCAGACUCAGGAGUUCGCUACUUCCCUCCUGGACCACGCUCGGACCAGCAACGAACUGGAGAUCAUGCUCAACUAUGACCCAGAGUCCAUAGAACCUUGGGAGAUCGGCGAGCGCCAGACCUUGGACAGGCUCAAGUUGGCCAUCAAAUACAAACAGAAAAAGUUCGUGGCUCACCCUAACGUGCAACAGCUGUUGGCCGCCAUCUGGUACGAAGGACUCCCCGGGUUCCGUCGCAAGAGCAUGAUGGGUCAGAUGAUGCAGGUCGGUCAGUUAGGAGCCAUGUUCCCAGUCUACUCCACCAUAUACAUGAUGGCCCCAAAGUCAAAGAUGGCGCUCUUCAUGAAGAAACCGUUCGUCAAGUUCAUCUGCCAUUCUGCAUCGUACGCCUGCUUCCUAUCUCUCCUCGGUGGCGCUUCCCAGAGGAUCGAAUAUCUCCUGAUAGAAUGGUUCGGCCCGGACUGGCUUCAGGAGAUCCUGGAAGAGUGGAAGAGGAAGGAAAGAGGAGGAAUGCCAGGAUUAGUCGAGUCAGGAGUCAUACUGUGGGUCCUUAGUCUGAUCUGGAACGAGGCACGCUCUCUCUGGGCCGACGGUCUAUUGGAAUAUGUCAACGAUCUCUGGAACAUCGUGGACUUCAUCCAGAACUUCUUCUACGUAAUGUGGAUCGUGCUUAGGUUUACAUCCGUCUUUAUCGUCUAUAGGGAAUACAGUAUGGGGAUGAACCCCUGGUAUCCCAGGGAACAUUGGGACCAAUUUGAUCCGAUGUUGUUAUCUGAAGGUGCUUUUGCUGCUGGUAUGAUAUUUAGUUUUCUCAAGCUCGUUCACAUCUUCAGUGUAAACCCUCAUCUCGGUCCUCUGCAGAUCUCCCUCGGUCGUAUGAUCAUCGAUAUCAUCAAGUUUUUCUUCAUCUACACUCUCGUACUGUUUGCUUUUGGUUGUGGAUUGAACCAGUUACUCUGGUACUACUCAGACUUGGAGAAGGCAAAGUGUUAUCAUCAUCACACGGGAGUUCCGGACUUUGACCAACAAGAACGAGCAUGCACCAUCUGGAGAAGAUUCACCAAUUUGUUCGAGACGUCGCAAUCCUUGUUUUGGGCCAGUUUUGGACUCGUCGACUUGAUGACGUUUGAUCUAACCGGGAUCAAAGGAUUCACAAGGUUCUGGGCGUUGCUCAUGUUCGGGAGUUACUCUGUGAUUAACAUCAUAGUGUUGCUCAACAUGCUCAUCGCCAUGAUGUCCAACUCAUACCAGAUCAUAUCUGAACGUUCUGACACCGAAUGGAAGUUUGCCCGCAGUGGACUCUGGAUAAGUUAUUUCGACGACGGAAACACCCUGCCUCCGCCGUUCAACUUGUUCCCAACCAUGAAGAAUGUCAACAACUGGUUGUCUUGUGGCACCGCCAAUAAGAAAAGCUCAGGCUCUGUGGUGAAAAAAUCGCGUGAGAAAGCUAAGGAUCGGCAUGACACGGUGAUGCGGCUGCUUGUGAGGCGUUACGUCACGGCCGAGCAACGCAAACGAGAUGACUUUGGCAUUACGGAGGAUGACGUAAUGGAGAUCCGACAAGACAUUUCCACCCUGCGAUACGAGCUCAUCGACAUCCUGCGCUCCAACGGCAUGAAGACUCCCAACGUCAACCAAGGAGAUAACUCUUUGGCUGGCAAGAAAGGCAGAGUGAUGGAAAGACGAUUGAUGAAAGAUUUCCAGAUCGGUCUUGUGGAAGGAAUCAUCAAUGAGGUAAUCCAGUCGGAGAAGGGUCCAAAGGAUGUGUUCAGCAAGAUCGCUCAAGCCAUCGGACGAAAGGCAGGGUCCAGCAAGAACAAGAAGGAUUGGAACGAAAUCGUCAGAAAGAACACUGGGAAGAGAGAUCCGAUCGGAAGCACAGCAGAGUUCCACCAACGGCUGUCUAGGCAGAGUUUGCGAAGGCAUAUCAUCGAAAACAAGGCGGACAUGGACCCAGAGAGGUUAGUCGAGUACAACCCGAUGUUGUCUACAGUGAGUCCUGCGACUAGAGUCGCCUACGCCAAGUUCAAGAUGCCGAAGAUAAAACAAGAGUUUGACCAGAAGGAGACCAGUGGAGCGAGCGAGACUAAUUCUCAAGCUGGAGACGACGAUGUAUUUCAAGGACCAGCUUCUGUGAAGAAGGUGUCGGAGACAAAACAAGACUCGAUUGUAAGACCUCGUCCUCGUCCUUCAAUUCCGUCGAUUACGAGUGUCGCAUCACAGAAAAGCGUGCCGUCCGUUGAACCCGCUAAAGCUACUCAGAAAGAUACUCCGCCUCAGUUACAAGCUGCACCGAGUACUCAAGCUUCUGUCCGGAGGGAGUUUAGACCAAGGACUCCGAUACCGGAAGAUCCCAGAGAGGAUAUGGCAAGUCCUGAGCCUUUGACACCAAAAAGUAGCACUUCUUCCAAACCAACCACUCCUCGACCACCGAGCAGAACUUCUACAGGUUCUAAAUCAGAAGGUAAAGAAGAGGUGAAGAAAGAUGAGAAGACAGAGGUAAAGAAAGAUGAGAAGAAAGAGGUGAAGAAGGAUGAAGCACCAAAACCAUCAACUAGCACAGAACCUAGAAGACCUGCAGGACCACCGAAAUCUGGAGGGAAAUCAAAGGUUACUGGAGAAGUUCUACAUGGGUGGUUGUAAAAUAACUUUGUUCUGUUCGUUUGUAUUGGAGUAUAAAUAAGAUGGAAACUAUUUUAAAAUAUCUUUGGAGUAUUUAAAUGGUUUCAGUUCUACACAGGGGUUCAAUCAAAACUUGACUAACUUUUUUAAAGGGGCCAAUAUUAAAUUUGGUAUGUUUUGGGUUGAGAAGAAUAAAAUGUGGCAAAUAAAAAUCUAAGCAGCUUCAAAUAGAAAGGCAAAGAGCUGGUGCAAAGUUCAAAGAUUUUGUGAUCUUUUUUGGAAUCUUUGAGGUCUUGUACUCAAAACAUUGUAUGGAAAACAUUUCAACAGAAAAUUUACCUUUAGUACAUGUUUCUAGAAUAAAAUUUGCUCUGAAGGACAGUUAUAAGUACAACCUGUAGAAUAUGGAAUAUGUUUGUCAACUUUAUUUAUACUCCUCACAUAAACACUUGUAAUAUUUAUUUUUAGUUUGUACGUAUUCUUUACAUUUUUGCCAAUACAAGGUAGUGCUAACAGAAUUGUAAAUGGUAUGGUUGAAUUUUUCACACAAAUUUGUGUCUGUUGAAAUAAAUGUAUUUAUGGAA